CCGCCAUCGCGUCUGCCAGCUGGGGGCUAAGAAACCGGAAGCGGGGGCCACGAAAAGCGCGGUCGGCGGCGCGCUGGCGUCACUUCCGCCGGGCGGGCCGAGUGAGCUCCCGCGCAAAUUGAAAGGUCUACCCUGCAUUGGGCGCGCGGCUGCAGCCCGGCUCCUCGCGUUCUGCGCCCGCCUCGGUGAGUCUCGUAGCCCUUAUCCUGCGGCCCGGGGGAGCACGGAGAGAGCCCUCCCCGGAGAGGGAGCGGAGCGGGCCGCGCCGAGGCCUGGGCCGCCUUGCUGGGUCCCGACCUCGCGGCAGAGCCCGCGGAGGGCCGAGGCAGCCGCCAAAGGGCCGCCGGGUGGGGCGCGCCCGGAGACCGGCGGAGAGCGCCCGGGUCGCCCGAGUGCUCUGCUGUCAGCAGACACUACCGGCCCCGUUUUUACAGGCAAUCCGCCAACGUUGAGGCGUUAACAAGUACAGUGUUGUCUUACUGUCGUGCAGGCCCAAGGAAGCGUGUUUCUGGACGGGGCUUGCGGGCCUCUCCUCCUACCAAUGGGACUGGAAUAGGGCGGCGACGCCGCGGCCGCUGGUAGCUCGCGGACCUGGCUCUCCCGGAGAUGCGACGUGCAGCGCGGCACGCGGUCGCUCCAGCUGUGCUGCAGAGGGCGUACUUAUUCCAGAAUACUUACCUAGCCUAGAAGAAACAUACAAGUUUCUCGACAUGUGUACUGUGCCAGUUCUCCCCAGAGUGAAAAGAAACUCUGUUUAGGGACGCUAUCCGAGAGGUCGGAGACUGUUUUACUCAAGCUGGCUUGAGGACCGCCUGCGUCGACGUUACCUGCGGUGUGUGCAAUUCAGAAUCCUCCUCACUCCACAACUAGUGAAUCAUAGUCACUAGGUGAGGAGUUGAAAAUCUUCCAAGUUCCGAAAUUUGAGAACCGCUGGACGAGAGCAUCAGAGCUUUGAUACAGUAUCAACAGGUUAACUUGGCACUAUGGGGAUACACGGAUUAUUGCAAUUCAUCAAAGAAGCUUCUGAACCCAUCCACGUGAGGAAGUAUAAAGGGCAGGCAGUAGCUGUGGACACAUAUUGCUGGCUUCACAAAGGAGCUAUCGCUUGUGCUGACAAACUAGCCAAAGGUGAACCUACCGAUAAGUAUGUAGGAUUUUGUAUGAAAUUUGUAAAUAUGUUACUGUCUAAUGGGAUCAAGCCUGUUCUUGUGUUUGAUGGAUGUACUUUACCUUCUAAAAAGGAAGUGGAGACGUCUCGGAGAGAAAGACGACAAGCCAAUCUUCUUAAGGGAAAGCAGCUUCUGCGUGAGGGGAAGGUCUCAGAGGCCAGAGAAUGUUUUACCCGUUCUGUCAAUGUCACACAUGCUAUGGCCCACAGAGUGAUCAAAGCUGCUCGGUCCCAGGGAGUGGAUUGUCUCGUGGCCCCAUAUGAAGCCGAUGCACAGCUGGCCUAUCUUAACAAAGCUGGUAUUGUACAAGCCAUAAUCACAGAGGAUUCUGACCUCCUUGCUUUUGGCUGUAAAAAGGUGAUUUUAAAAAUGGACCACUUUGGAAAUGGACUAGAAAUUGAUCAGGUUCGUCUAGGAAUGUGCAGACAGCUUGGGGAUGUGUUCACAGAAGAGAAAUUCCGUUAUAUGUGCAUUCUUUCAGGCUGCGACUAUCUCUCAUCACUGCGUGGGAUUGGAUUAGCAAAGGCCUGCAAAGUACUAAGACUAGCCAACAAUCCAGAUAUUGUAAAAGUUAUCAAGAAAAUUGGACAUUAUCUCAAAAUGAAUAUAACAGUACCAGAAGAUUACAUCAAAGGAUUUAUUCGAGCCAAUAAUACCUUCCUUUAUCAGCUAGUUUUUGAUCCCAUCGAAAGAAAACUCAUCCCUCUAAAUGCUUAUGAAGAUGACAUUGAUCCUGAAACAUUAAGCUAUGCUGGGCGGUAUGUUGAUAAUUCUGUAGCUCUGCAAAUAGCACUUGGAAAUAAAGACAUAAAUACUUUUGAACAGAUCGAUGACUACAACCCAGACACAGCUGCGCCCGCCCAAUCUAGAAGUCAUACUUGGGGUGACAAAACAUGUCAAAAUUCAUCUACUGUGAAUAGCAUUUGGCGUAGAAAUUGCUCCCCUAAAUCUGAGCUGGAUAAGGUUUCAGAUACCACAAGACUGAAGGAAAAUCCAAGUACUGUGGGCAUUGAACAAGUGGUUAGUACUAAAAGGUUAAAUCUUCCAAGGAAGUCAUCCAUUGUGAAAAGACCAAGAAGUGAGCUGUCAGAAGAUGAUAUAUUGAGUCAAUAUGCCCUUUCAUUUACAAAGAAGACCAAGAAAAAUAGCUGUGAAGGUAAUAAAUCAUUGAACUCUGCUGCAGUAUUCAUGCCUGACCUGGUAGAUGGAACUACUAUUAAACACUUAAGUACACCACCUACGACAAGAAAUAAAUUUGCAACAUUUUUACAGAGAAAAAAAGAUACUGGUGCGGUUGUUGUUCCAGGGACCAGAAGCAGGUUUUUUUGCAGUUCUCUGGAUUCUGCUGACUGUGUUUCAGAGAAAGCAAGCAGUCAGCCUCUAGUUAAAGCUGCUAUCACCAAUACAGAAGCCAAUCUAAAUGAAUCUGAUUGUCUAGAUGGCAAGAAGCUGGUUGCUGCGAAUGUACAUAAUUCAAGUGACCAGAUUCCAGAUGAUGUAACUGUGACUGCUGAUGAAGCAUCUCCAUCUUUCGAGAACAGCAAAUUCAUGAGGACUGUUUCACCACCCACUUUGGGAACACCAAAAAGCUGUUUCAGUUGGUCUGGAAGUCUUGAAGAUUUUGCCAGAACGCCGAGCCCAUCUCCAAGCACAGCACUGCAGCAGUUCCGUAGAAAGAGUGGCUCUCCCUGCUCUCCACUGGAAAUGAACGAGCUGUCUGCUGUGACUCAGUUAAAGAGCAAUGAGUCAGGUGAUGAAUCCCAUCCUCCACAUGAAGGGGGCUGGUCUUCACAGUCUCAGGAAAGCCUAGAAUUAUCGCCACACAAUUUAAAUGGAUCAAAACUUUCUCAGCUUUCUAGCAAGGAUUCAGAUUCAGAGGAAUCUGAUUGCAAUUUAAAGUCACUUGAUAAUCAAGAUAAUGAGAAAUUCAAGCUACAUUUAUCUCAUUUUUUGAAAAAAGACAUGCUUCUAAAGAACAAGGUUCCUGGGCUGUAUAAAUCUAGUUCUAUGGAUAAUCUUUCUACAACCAAGAUCAAACCUCUAGUACCUGCCAGAGUCAGUGGGCUGAGUAAGAAGCCAUCAAAUAUCCAGAAGAGAAAUCAUCAUAAUGCUGAGAACAAGCCAGGAUUGCAAAUAAAAAUCAAUGAGCUCUGGAAAAAUUUUGGAUUUAAAAAAGAUGCUGAAAAACUUCCUUCUUGUAAAAAGCCAGAACCCCUGUCUCCAGUCAAAGAUAACAUCCAGCUGACUCCAGAAACAGAAGAGGAUAUAUUUAACAAAUCUGAUUGUACACGUGUCCAGAGAGCAAUAUUCCAGUGACGAGGCAGCUGGGAGGCCAUUGCCUGCAAGAAAGCCUCUAUCAAUUUGAAGUUCUAUUAGGGAAUGAGGCAGUUCUCUGAAAGAUUUAUUCUUAGAUCUAUAACAUUUUUUAAAGCACAGUUUGUAUAUUAAUUAUGUAAUUGUUUCUUUUGUUCAGCUUUUUAUAUUGUCAUAAGAAGCUAACUAGAGAAACAAUUUUAUCUUUGAUAGUUUUUGGAAGUUUCAGUGUUAAUUGGACAAGUCCCUUGGAAUUUAUAAAAAUCUACUUUAAAGA